UAUUUUUAUUACAGGUUAAAUGGAUAUUACUUGGAGAAUCGAAACCUAUUCAGAAUCAAUGAUACAGUCAGAAGGCAGAAAUUUUUGAAACAGGGUAGAUUACCUGUAGUAUCUUUCAUAUCAGAAAUGCCGCGUACAAGGCAUUUGCUGAAUACUUUUACCAUGGACCUUUCUCUUGUUACACAAACAAUUAUGUUUAUUACGAUAACGGGUUACUUCCAACAACUCGAUAACAGGGAAGAGCUCAUUCGCUACUUCAAUCGCACCUUCACAAUCGUUCCGGAAGGUGAAGGAUAUUGUAUUCGAAAUGAGCAAUUGCAUAUUAGUCAACCAUCUGAGGCGCAAUUGAAGGAAUUGCGCCAGCAACUGAAUCAGUUGAAUACCCAAAUUCAACCAGAAACGGAGACGCUGAGUUCCACAGAAGUAGCGAAACCUGCACCAACGGAACUCAAUGAUGAAGUAAAGAAGCAGAUGACAUUAAUGUUGAGUCAGCAGACAAAUAUGAAUUUGGAAUGGAGCUUAAAGUGCUUACAAGAAACACAGUGGAUCUACGACAGUGCAAUUGCUGCCUUCCAAGAGUUUUUCAAACGUGGACAGAUACCACCACAAGCGUUUGCGAAGUAGAUAUGUAAGUUAAAAAAUCUUAUAACUGUGAUACUAACUUAUAAGAAAAGUCCGAAUUUCUUGUAACACAUUGACCUUCAUUCCGUAUAUAUUGUAUUUUAUUCCGUAUAUAUUAUAUUUGUUUCUCGAGUAUACUUGUUUGUAUUUUGCAUCGUGAAUAGAAAACGCCUGAAAUGCCUUUUCUAUACAACAUGUAUGUCUAAAGACGUUAUAAAAAUAUAAAGAUGUUUUAUUAAGUACAUACAUAUCUAAAUGAUACUUAAAAAAACAUCGUAAAGAGGUCUUGUAGAUAAUGCGUGUUGUCUGAAAAAGGCAUUUCAGGCGUUUUCUUACUUGCCAAUUUCAUCUUUGGCAACGAAAGAUUAUUAACGUUUACAAA